GAAGAGAUAACGACCAAUUUCAUGAUAAUAAUUGUACUCGCACUUUUGUCUUACACGUGCGCUACUCCUCCGUUUACGACCACGUCAUUCUCAAUACGUAAAGUUACCAAGCGCGUGUCACUGAGUGUCAGCAUGGAAGGGUUAAUUAAGAAAAUUAUUUUCCUUUUCUUGACGCCAGAAUGUUUCGACGAGUAUUUUGUAAAUUUCAAUUUUUUUCAUGUACCAUGCUUGAAGGCAACAAUAAGCAAAGCCCUCGGGUUGGUCAUAAUCGCCGGAUCAGUUAUGGUGAAAGUUCCGCAGAUCACGAAGAUCCUGAACGCUAAGAGCGCUGAGGGAAUCAGCUUUGCGAGUGUUUUGCUAGAACUAUCCGCCAUCACUUCCAGCGCCUCCUACAGCUUCACCCGGGGAUUUCCAUUCAGCGCGUGGGGCGAGGGCCUGUUCCUGGCGCUGCAGACGGCGGCCAUCGCGGCGCUGGUGCUGCACUUCGGGCGCUCGGCCGCGCACGGCGCCGCCUUCGCCGCGCUCUACUCCGUCUUCGUCUACAGCCUCACCUCCGGCAUCGUGCCGCCGGACUUCCUGUGGAACUUGCAGGCGCUCAACGUGCCCAUCAUCGUCACCGGAAAGAUGCUGCAAGUGAUAGCGAACUACCGCAACGGCGGCACGGGCCAGCUGUCAUUCGCCACCGGCUGCAUGCUGUUCUUCGGCUCACUGGCGCGCAUCUUCACCUCCAUCCAGGAGACCGGCGACAUCAUCCUGGUGGUGACCUACAUGAGCGCCUUCAGCGUCAACGCCAUGAUCUUCGGACAGCUGAUCUAUUACAACAGGAAAUCCCCGAAAUCCUCGCCGGCGAAGGGCAAGAAGGGCUCCGCCAAGGAGCAGCGCUCUUCUGGCAAACAGCGCGCCAAGAAGGAGUAAGCUGUCUCUCCCCAGGAGUACAUCCGGUUGACUACAGUCCGCGCUCACUCGACACGUCUCUGCACUCUACUUGAAAGCAAACAGGCUCACUUACGUACGGGUUGCAUUCCUUUUGUCCUACAAUCCGUUAACAACCUGUCGCGUUGUACAGAAAGUUAUUUUUAAAAGAACAGAAGAACUGCCACUAAUUUUACAACGGACCUGUACAAGGAUCCAGUACCCAAACAUUUUGCCUUUAGCAAAUAAUUACAAUUCCGUAUCUCCACUGCACACAAAGCAUUUUCCCAUCGUUCGGUUGGGACACAUUGCAUGAAGUCACAGUCUCAUGAUAUUGUGCCCAGUAUAACUAUGUUCCAGUGCAAGCCUCCCUUUCCCUACGUAUAUCUGAAGUCUUCCUGUAACGUCGCCCAUUUGUAUAAUGACACUAAAAAUUCCGACAGUUAGAAACGUAGAACGUUUGUUGCAAUUUUUUGGGUUGAAAACGAAGAUUCAGCGUGGAAACCGAAAUCUUGGUCGAAGGGGUAAUUUUCUCUUGUUUUAUCACGAAUCAAUUCUCAUUCGUUUAGCAGAUCCCAACCAGACUCGUUACGUAUUUAUUACAAUACGAGAUUUUUGCAACUCUUUGCGAGAGGUAUCAAAAUCGUCAAUAAGAUGUUGAAUUCUGAUUCAUGUUACUCCUAAAUUUAUAUUUUACUGAAAAUUUUUCUUCUCGAACGAAGGUAGACGUUCUUAUGACAGUCAAGUGGCCAAUUAAUGGAAUGGCAGAGACGAUGGGUUACAGUACACUCGUUUUUACGCCUGUUACUUAUGCAUCACGUUGGGCGCUGGCGCCUGACGUGUCACGCGCGUGCAAGGCACUGUCAGUUCGCAAGACUGGUUUCGUCGACAGACUGUACUUCAAAACAUUCGCUGUACGUCAGCAGUACGUUCCACUCUACACUGCAUAUCAUAUCGUAAGCACCCAGUAUUUGAGGGAUGUGGAUGGGUUGAUUCAUUCAGAUUUUAUUUGUCUAUGAGCAACUUUCAAGAGUUUAAAUUUUUUUACAUGCAUACUUUUUAUUGUGGUUAUUAUGGUAUUUUGUAUGUUUAAUUGCAAUUUGUGCAAACUAAAUUCGUAGGCAUUCCAUGAGAUACAUAAUGAAUAUCACUGUGUUCUAUCACAUUGGAAAUAGAAAGCUGGUACAGACCAAUAAAUCAGUUCAGAGUUCAAGAUCCAUCUAAUUUCGAAUAAAACAAUACAUCUAUAGACUCAAUAAUGAGAAAUUAUUUCGUUAUCAUCUGAACAGUACAACGAAACAAAAAAAGAAGAAACAGGAACUUAAGUGGCGCUCUCCAUUGGAACUGGUAAUUUAUUAGAUGUUGACCUAUUUCAUAUUACAUUAUUCCAUGCUGCUGCUUUUCAAACCUUUUUUGUCAGCUUGGUUUAGUGUUGAGAAAAAUGCAUUCUGUAUGUACUGUAGUGCUGCCAGUUCCCAUAUUGUAUCAUUUCUUCCCAUUUUCUUUUUGACAUUUGGAAGACUAACAGUGGAUAUACUGCUUGAAGUUCGGCUAACUUCAAAUUUUGAUUGGUAUCAGAACUGUUUCGUUUUUCUCUUACACGGAAUUCCAGUCCUCAGCCUCAGCCACAUGGAUGUCUGCUUGAGAAUAACUUUUCAUUGCUUAGUUAGCAGAAAAUACACUGACUGACCAGAAGUCAUUUGAUGGACCUGGAACACGAGUUGGUUGUUAAAUGACAUAUCCGACACAGUCCAUUCAUCUCCAUACAGCCCUGGUAAAAAUGAGUUCCCCAUGAAUGGGGAUUCAAAUCAAUGGUGAUCUGACAAAGCAGACAGUCGAUUGACCACUAUGGCUCUGCAGUGGUGUCAUAAUAUCUGUUCAUCAGUGACUUGUGUUCGUCCUUUGUAGUGGUUUGUGUGUUGUCUCUGUAGUAUUGAACACAUUUUUGACCUCAAAAACGCAAAUUUUUGUGUAAUCUCAGAUGUAUACUACACAACUGCUCAAGUAGCAUGUCUACACUCAUGCCAUAUGCCGCAAUCAGCUGCAGCUUGUGGAUUUCCUAUACGGCACAUAUUCAAAUGGGUCAACCCUUUUAGUAAUUUUUGGCUCAUCAGCCCUUCAUGGUCUAUUAUGUUAGUCAUAUGUGGAAAUAUUCUCACUGAUGGGUUACGGUCCACAUGAAGUUUGUCGAAAGAGGGGGAGGGGCAGACAUUUCCUUUUGGUCACCUGGGCAUAACCUAAACAAGUAAGAGAAUGUAAAAUGUGUUAUGUUAAUCGUUUGAUAACUAUUGUGACUGUAUACAAGAUCGGCAGUGUAACUUGCACAUUUGCUUAUUGAAGAUAUUGCUCCUUGGCACUGAGACACACCUUGCUGACGUGAACUUCAGUUUGCCUUGACCUUCUUUGUUCUGUCGUCCUCUUAACUACAAAGUUUUUUUCAGUUUAUCUAUGCUGUUUAUCAAGAACAAAUGUCAGAACACCUUAACACUUUAUACAGAGCAGACUUACAGCCCCAGUGUUUUGGCAUUGCCUGUGUUUAUCAUCACUCCUUUACAUAGUACCCAAACCAUCGUGGGAAGUGUGACCGUGUUUUGCAGAAUCAUUUAAUUGUUUCGUUUUGUCAUUGUGUCUAUGUGGGAAACAGUAGUACCAGAAUUCUCAUAAUGGUUGACCAGUUUUUCUUCUGCAGUCUCAGAUGCACUGUAGGUUGCAUUAUUUCCCUUGGAAUGUUAAACAUUCUGUUUGUACUAAUUACUUGUAUUAAUAUAGGACAUCAUUCUAGCAUCUCUUUCCUCAUGUUUAAAACUUAAAGUACUAUUGUAUUUUGUGAUAGAUUCCAAGUAAGCUUGACAGUAAGUUUUCUAAAGCAAUAAAAUCAAUAUUCUAUAUCCUAUCAUUUUGUUAAGUUGAUGCACUUAUAACAAUCUUUAUGGAAAAUUUCUACCUUAAUUUGCUGUGUUAUGAGUAAUAAAUCAGUUACUUUUGUACCUAGAAAUUAUAUAAAUGUGAAGAUCCAGUAUUUUUAUUUAGCACUUCAGUGGGAAUUUCAUUUGUGUAUUGCCAAUAAGAUAUUUUAAUAUUUCUAUGCCUAUUAGAGACUGACACUGUAUGCGGACUUUUUGUGCUUUCCGUCAGGGACCAGCAGUUUAUACAACAUUCACAUCAUUGUGGGAAAGCUUUGCGCUAUGGCAGCAUUUAGUAAUGUUGUUCUUUCAUUACAUUAAUUUUCUCACAAUAAGGGACAUAGUUUUGAUUCAAUUACUAUUUAACUUUUAUGGAAAAAUGAGGACAGUGAUUAUGUAAUAAUAAUAACUGUACUUACCUGAGUUUAUAAUCAUAGAGCAACACUUCAAUUUACUGUGGUGUUUAACCUUACUUCAUUUAAUAAUUAGAUCAUUCCGUAAAUAUAGUCAAAUAUGUUGUAUUUAGUUUUUCAUGGGAAAAAAAAGUGCACACACACACACACAGCAUUUUAUUCUGAGGGAGUAGCAAUAGUUCUUCAGACUAAAAUGUUACUUAAUCGAUUUAAAAAUUCUUAUAGAAUAGCAAUGAAUUUUUUUAUCCUUAAUAAUUCAUUUUAGCAGAGAUGUAAGAUAAUUUAAUUUGUGACUUGGAAAUUGUUUCUUUGUAUGUAGUUCAUUGUCAUCACUUUUACAGUCAGUUAGCUAAAUAUUUAACACGCACUGUUUUCAAAACUGAAGGUUGUGAUUCAUUAUAUUCAUCGCUGCUCUGAACUGGUGAUUCAUAUGAAUAAUAUUAUCAUUGGGCCCAUAUACAAUUUUAGACGUCAUCCAUGCCAUAAGCUGAGGAUAGUGAUAAAUUCCAUCUUAUGUUUGUAAAGCUCCAAAACUGCCAUUUUCAUGUUGAUUUAGUUUUAAGAUCACUACUGGGUAGCACUUCAUUAAAUUUGUAGGCAUUUUGACUUCAGAAAUCGUAUCAGUCAUUUCAGUUGAGCUUAAUUUUCAUUUCUUGACAGUACAUCACAUGAUAUUUUCACGUUUUUGACCAUUUUUGUACUGUCCAAAUCCACUGAUCAAUUAUAUUGUGUGUACUUUGAUUUAAAUGUAUUUUACAGACAGUAGCAGAUACAGAGAAUGUGUUGCCUUUAUCAGUGCUACUAACUGCCUAUCAAAUAUGUUAAGAAAGAUUCUAAAUGCACAUUCAAAAGCUAGAAUAUUUAUUUUUCUUGUCAUGGAUUGUGAUGAGUCAUUUUGCUAUAAUGUGACAUAAUCACAGGUAAUAAAAGUUAAUUUUGACUUACA